AUGAAAGAACAUGAUGAUAUUUCUAGGUAUGAAGAGCUCAGGAGAAAGAAUCUUGAAGACAACAAAGCUGUGUUGGCAAAGUUAAUGUCAGAUGUGAAAGGUCUUCUAGUCAAGCCAGUUAUUCCACCUAAAACAAAAAAGGGCAACAAGUUAUCUGAAGUUGAUUUAGCCCUUCGAAGAAAUCCAUCAAGACAUGCUCGAUAUACUCCCAUGCGUUUUGAACUACCUCGUACCAGAUCUAGAAGUGGAUCAGUGUCUUCGUCAGUUUCCUCGUCAUCAUCUGCCUCAACUCCAGCGUCAACACCAGAAAAACUUGUUGUGCGCUUUGGAUUCUUCAGAAAGUUUUUGGGUACAUCUGCAGAAUGUGGAUCUUCACUGGAUGAGAAUGAGAUUGAAGAUGACUUAUCCUUGCCGCAGCAGACGCGAAAGCCGCGAAUUCGUCAUGAAAUCAAGCCAGUGGAAGAUAUAACUGAAGCAGAUUUGGAUAUGGUGGCUACUGUUGUUUCGGAUAAAAAAUAUGACAGUAUCUAUGGCACCACCUGUCAUCAGUGUCGUCAAAAAACUGAUGACAUGAAGACAAUAUGUAGGUCAGCAGACUGCCUGGGAGUCAGAGGUCAAUUUUGUGGGCCGUGUCUCAGAAACCGUUAUGGAGAGGAUGCCAAAGCAGCUCUAAAAGAUCCAAACUGGAUAUGCCCUCCUUGUAGAGAGAUAUGCAACUGCAGUUUCUGUCGAAAGAAAAAAGGGAGAACAUCUACUGGAAUUCUCAUUCAUGUAGCAAGAGAGCAUGGGUAUCAUGAUGUCAAUUCAUAUCUCAGAGGACUGACAAAGGACAGCCAGCACUAA